ACCCCCCUUAGGUGUUCUCCAUCAUGCCUGGCGCCAUAUCGUUUCCCGAAUUUCCAGACGAUGUUCCCACUGUCCCUCUGUUGAUCAUUGACUAUGCUCUGAUCAAAGCAGGGGAUGAGAAGGAAAUCGAUAGACUGUGGAAAGCUUCGACUGAGCUUGGCUUUUGGUAUUUGAAGAACCAUGGAGCCGAUGACGAAGUGGCAGGAAUGUUUGACAUGGGUGCAGAGACUAUGGACCUACCUCUGGAAGAGAAGAUGAAGUUUGAACAGGGUGACGACGGCAUGUCGUUCGGCUAUAAGUAUGCGGGUGCCAAUGCCACAGAUGAAACAGGAGCACUCGACCGCGUCGAAUUUAUCAAUGUCUCCAAGGACGAUGCAAUUAGCUGGCCCACCCCGACGCACCGUACUUACCCUUCAACAGUUAAUGCGCGGAUGCCAUCGACUAUCAUUCCAUUCGUCCGCAAGUCCCUCGAGGUGACCAACACGAUCUUGGAUGUCUUGAACGAUCGCCUCGGGCUUCCCAAGGGUGCUAUUGCUAAGAGGCACAGCUUGAUGGAACAUAGUGGUGGCGAAGCAAGAUGCAUCAAGUCGCCGAAGAAUCUGGAAAUGUCUGCGGACAAAGCUACACUCGGAGCGCACACGGACUUUGGUUCUUUGUCGUUCCUUCACAACCGUCUCGGCGGACUACAGGUCUUUCCACCUGGUGCAGACGGCUGGAAAUAUGUGACACCUAUUCCCGGGCACGCAAUCUGUAAUCUCGGGGAUGCCAUGGCUAUCUUCAGCGGCGGAAUUCUGCGUUCGAACCUUCACCGUGUUGUCCCUCCUCCCAAGCAACAGGCGGCGUAUGACCGUUGGUCUCUCGUGUUCUUCACGCGCCCUGGAGAGUCAUGGAAGAUGGUACCUCUCUCGGAGGAAAGCGACAUGAUCGCAGAAGCAGUAGCCAAGGCACCGCCGGGCAAGUUUGACAUCGACGCGACAGCUGGGUCGUGGUAUGCUAGGAGGAUCAAGAAUCAGAGGAUUGCCAAUCGCACGGGACCUGAGACAUGGAGGGCGAGCCGGGGAACUGAAUAUCGACCUGAGGUUGCUUAAGCAAUACUGGUCUUGGCCCAUGUAGAAUUAGUGUGGCUGUGGUUCAUGUGCACUGAUUGCUGCGACGAUUUAUGUACGAAUAAAAGAUGAGUGUCAGUAUGUG